AUGGCGCUCUUCAACGUCUGCGACAGCUACGUGCGGCGCCCGGACCAGGCGGACCACGUCAUCGGCACCCUCCUCGGCUCCCUCCUCCCCGAUGGCACAGUCCACGUCCGCAACUCCUACGUCGUCCCCCACAGUCGCCAUCGACAUCGACUACCACCAUAG